AUGGCGCCUCUCUUUGGAUUCCUCGUCUCCAUCCUCUCCCUCUUGACCCUCGCCCACGCGCACAACAUCCAACUCCGAGCUCAUUCGCGCGAAUGCUUCCACGAGGCGCUGCACAAAGAUGACAAGAUGACGGUCACCUUCCAGGUUGGCGACAGAGAAUUCGGCGGAAGCGGAAAUCUGGACGUCGACUUCUUUGUACGCACAUCCUCUGAUUUAGCACAUCACACGUGAUGGUAUACCCAAAAGAGCUGGACUGUCAACUGCAAAAGCUAGAAUUCUUGAGGAACGCAGAGGCUGACGAGGAUACUUUACUCCAGGUAACCACUGCUGCCGGUCAAGGCGUCAUCGACCAGCGAAGUGUGAGCGCAGGCGACCACUCCUUCGAGGCGAAAGAAGACGGACGGUACACGUACUGUUUCAGCAACGAGCACUGGUCGGCGAACACGAAGGAGGUCAGCUUCAACGUGCACGGAAUAGUGUACGUGCCGGAGAGCGAGGCUCCACAAGAUCCAUUGGAGAAGGAAGGUAUGUCUUUCUGCCGUACUCUCAUUUGAUAUAGGAAGAACAUUUUCCUGACUCGACCAAGUGAGUCAAAUGUCCGAGCUGCUCGCACAAGUCAAGGACGAGCAAGGCUACAUCGUCAUUCGCGAGCGAACCCACCGAAACACCGCCGAGAGCACCAACUCUCGCGUCAAGUGGUGGAGCAUCUUCCAGCUGGGCGUCCUCAUCGGCGAAGGCGUUUUCCAGGUCUGGUGGCUGAAGCGUUUCUUCGAGGUCAAGUCGCCCGGUAGACCUUCCUUCAAUAAGGGCGCCUUGGGCUAA